AAGCAAUGUCUGCUGAUGAUGUGGAAUCUAAUUGUAGUAGUAUUAUCACGUUGGUUGGUGAUGUGACCGGUCGAAUAGCAUUUAUAGUCGAUGACAUGAUUGAUAGAGCUACUUCAUUCAUAGCAGCGGCAGAUCAUCUAAUCCAGAGAUGUAAUGCCAAAAAAGUAUACGUGAUUGUAACACACGGGAUUUUGAGUGGAGACAGUAUCAGGGAAAUAGAAAAUUGCCGGAGCAUCUAUCAACUGGUGGUCACAAAUUCAUUUCCGAUCUCGCUCGAAAAGCGUCGUCAAUCGUCCAAACUAGUAAUUAUUGAUGUUUCUGGGACUUUGGCCGAGGCAAUCCGACGAACACAUAAUGGCGAAAGUAUCAGUUACCUUUUUGAUACGCCAGUUUGA